AUGUAAAGUGUAACCUCUAUAGAUGUACCUACAAAUUUGCUGAAAAUGCCAAUAAUUAAGAAUAAGGAUAUUAUGGAGAAAAAAUGUAUUUGUUUAAAUAAGUUAAUAAGAUGAAUAUGAUAAAGUUGGAACCAAUUAAAAUGUUAUUGUUGAACCUGCAGUAGUUAAAUUUUGUGGUUUUGAAAUUGGCAAACUAAAUGAGAUUAAAGUGAGAGUAAUCAAUAAAAACAAACAACCUCAAAGAAUCUAUGUGUUUCCUCCUAAAUCAGAAAUAUUUAAUGUGAAAUUUGAUAAAAAAGGUGCUAUUCCUAGUGGAAUGGCUGAAGAGCUUUAUGUUUAAUUCAAACCUUAAGAAUAUAAAUAUUUUUAUGAUGUUAUAAGAAUAAACACUCAAGAUGAUACUUUGUUGAUACCUAUACAUGCUUAUCCUGCUUUAAGUAGAGAUGGAUUAAGAGAAUUAUUCCCUAGAUUAAUUGACUUUGGUACUUUAGAUAUAGGUGAGUCAUAAACAUAUGUAAAAUGUUAUUAUUAUAAUAGAGUUAUCCAAUAUAAAGUAAAGUGCCUCUAAAUUUUGAGUUUGAAUUCAACAUUACAAAGGACUGUCAAGACAUUAAAAUUGAACCAAUCAAAGGAAUCGUACCUGGCAAAGGAGGUAUUGAUAUUUCCAUUACCUAUUCUCCUUAAGUAAAUGUUACAGAAGUUAUGGAAGUGGAAGUAAUUAUAUAAAAUAAUGUUUAGCUUAAAAUAGCAUAAUUUGAUUUUGAACCAUUGUGUAUUAAAAUUAUGGGAUCUGGUAGAUUUCCUGAAAAUAAAAAAACCUUGAGACCUAGUUCAACUAAAAAAUUAAAAUCUAUUACUAAUUCCUCUAGGCCUAAGCUUUUAUAGAACACAUAAGAGAUACCAAUUGGAGAAAGUCCAAAACCUGGAGAAACAUAAUAAAUUGAGAAUCAAGUAUAAGAACGAUCAAAAACUUUGAAAAUGACAAAAAGCAAUAAAUUAAAAAGAUCUUAAUCUUAAUAAUAAGAAUCCAAUGAUAAUAUAGGAAUUGAUAAAUUAAAAGGCAGACAAGUAAAGUAUUAAAUAACAAAAGUUAUUAGAAAAAUCAUAUUUAGAUCAUUUUAAUCAAAUAUAAAGUUUGGAUAAAGAAAAAGAAAUGAGAUUCUUCUAAUGUGUUGGAGAUCCACCAAUUAAUGAAUCUUAAGUACAAGACAUUAUUCUUGAAAGACAAUAAUAUCUUAAUAAUUAUUUAGAAGAUGUUUAAGCUAAAGGAACAACAAGAUAUAAAUUAUUGAUUAAUGCAGAUAGUACUAUUGUUGAUUACAUAUUACCUGAAAACUAAUUGAGUUGGGAUUUAGAUAAAAAUGACACCAUGAAAAUUAAAAAACUUGUAAAACAUUAUAUAAUGUCAUAUAGAACUUGAGAAAAUUUGUAUGUGCAGCUAGUAGAGUAAUCUAUAAAUUAAGAAUGGAAAAAAGAUUAUAAAAAUUAAAGGCAUUUUUAAAAGGAGCAACAACAAGAGCUGAAGUCAGAUAAUUAGUAAAUUUGGAUUGUCAAAAAGCAGAGUAUUCAGGUGUUGGUAAAAAAGAUUUUGUAUAAAUUUUAAUUAAUUAUUCAGGUUAAAUUCACCUUUGAAUUCAACUCAGAAAACAUUGGAUUUUUGAAAUUACCAGUUUAAUAUUCAGAAUCCAAUACAAAUUCGUCAUUUAAAUAUACUAUAACACCAUAAACUGGUUUUGAUGAUUUAGCUCCUUUUGAUGAAUUACCAAGUGAUGAUUGUGAAAUCAUGUAAUAUAAAGUAUGGGAAUACCCUUAAAUUGUGUAUCAUCCACCUGUAAUCGAAAAACCUUUAAGGGAUGGAGCAGAAGAGGAAAAAUCCCUAAGAGGUAUAAUGGGUCCAGUAACUUAAAUACUUUAAACUUAAACUUAAAAUGAUAAUCUUGUAAGAAAAAUAUUUUCUAAACCUCCUGAAGUUGAAAGUUAUCAAAUACUUAAAGCACAUAAGACAUUAAGAUUAUAUUAAUAAUUUAAUGAUGGUACUCCUUUGAAUACAUUCUAUCCUCUUAUGUUUAGUAAAGUGAAUGGAAUAGGGGCUGAUUUAGAUCCAGAAAUUGCUUAGAAUCACUAAAUUUUAAAGCAAGAAUUUGUAAAUAGAACACCUGGCUAUCAAAAUUUAAAUUUAUUAUAUGAACUUCCUUUAGAUCAAUUCUAUUAUUAGGAAAAAAAUAUGCAAUUAUCUUAUGAUUAUGGUUUUGAUGAAUAGAUAGAAUUUUAUUGUCCAACAAUAAUGCCAGAAAAAGAAUUAGAUGAUUAUAUGACAGAUGAUGAUAGCGAUGAAGAUAAACCUCCUCAAAUCAAUGUUGCAGAUUAAAAUGAUUGGCUUAUUAAACUUGAAUAGGAUGAUAAAACUAUAACAAAUUUGAGACAAUUAGAAAUUAUAGACUCUUUUGAGCAACUUAAAGAAAAAUUAGAUUCAAAUUUAAUGUAAAUAAUUAAUUUAAAUUUAUAGUUUGGAAAAGAAUAAAUGGAUUUCAACAGUUCCUUCAAAAACUAAUGACUUUAAUAAGUUUACUGUUAGAAAUGAAAAUAAAAUGGUCAUAUUGUGA